GGGUGGGGGCAUGGCGACUGUGUGUGUCUGUGUUUUUACCAAUGGAACCCUGCCCUGCCCUGAGAGAAAUGGCAAGACCUUGCUAGACACCUGGCAAUCCUAGAAACAAUUUGGGGGGGGGGGACACAGAUACCUAUAAUCAGACACACCCCUGAAGAUGGAAAUGCAGCGGUGAGUGUGUGUGUGUUAGAGGGGUGCUUCACUGAAAGUGUGUGUUUGUUUACAGUAUGGGAAACAGACCACGCGGUGUAUUUCCCUUGCCCUCCCCCUGAUCUCUCUCACACACACAUACACACACGCAACGGCAGUGUGCAGCCGCAGCCAGUCUCAGUCGGUCAUCUGACAGUCUUGUGCUCCAGGAUGUGUGUAGAGAGGGGGGGCAGGCUGGGGCAGUAGCCCGCUGAGGGCCCCUGAGACUGGGACACAAACCCUGGCAGCAGCCCCUGGCCUGGACCAUCAUGGAGACCAGCAUGGAGAGCAGCUGGGUGUCGGGGGAUUUGGAUCUGAGUCAGAUUAGGCUGCUGCUGUUUCAGGACUGUGAGCGUCGAGGCAGACAGGUCCUGUUCGACUCCUCCACCAUCAAGAAACAGGCUGGUGGAGAGGAAGCAGUGUCUCCCACACGUUGCCAGAAGAGUCCUGGAAUCAGCACCCAGAGUCACAAACAAAGAGAGCCCUCACCCAGCUACCAGUACACCCGACCAUCGUCAGAUGUCAACAUGUUUGGGGAGAUGAUGUUCGGAUCAGUUGCCAUGAGUUACAAGGGCUCUACCCUCAAGAUCCAUCACAUAAGAUCUCCUCCUCAGCUGAUGGUCAGUAAAGUUUUCUCUGCUCGAGUUGGCAGCUCCAUGGGAAGCACAAACACGUUACAUGAUAGUUUUGAAUUUGCCUCCCAAGACUGUCCUGGCCACAGCAUCGGGAGCAGUGGUAGUGUAGGUACUGUAUGGACCACAGACACACACAGACACACACACAAUGGCAGUGCAAUAACAGAUUUGGCCACACAUAGGAUUUUUGCUUGUGAUACUGCAUGUAGUAAAAUAGAGGGUAUGGUAUAAGGUAUAAAAUGUGAGUGUGUGUCUGUGUGUGUGCCAGCCCACAGCACUCCAAUGGACAUGCCUGGACGAGUGUUCUGUGAAGAUGGAGACAGUGGCAUAGCUCGCUCAGCAUCACUGGCCACACCCUUCGCCUCGCCUGGCUCCAUCCCUUCCUCCAGCUCAUCCUAUCAGAGACGCCUUCAACGCAGCUUCAACACCAGCCUGGAGUACCACACUCCUCGGAGCAGUGAGGAAAGGUUCAGCCAAUCAGACGAGAGUUGCAGCUCUGGUCCUGUCAUGGCACGGAGGAGGAAGAUUGCUCUGAGCAUCAUCAUCACUCUGCCAGAAGACACCCAGUCCUCACCUUCUGGAACACAGGACGACACACACUCCUUCAUUGACUUCUUCUUCUCCCACUUCCCCCUCAUUGAGGCUCACCUGAACAAACUCAAGAUGGCAGUUGAGAGGGCCAUGUUGCUGUGUCGCCAAGUGAAUGAGUCGACCCAGAGGCAGCAGCUGUACGUCAGCAGGGUCAUGGACGCGCUGGCAGAGUUCAGGACAGCACUCUGGAACCUCUUCAUGGCCCCGAGAAUCUUGGAGCCAGUGUGGUUGACUAUGGUAUCCCAGAAUGCUGAGCGAGACCGUCUGUGUCAGCGCUUCCUUCAGGAGCUGAGUGCACUGAUGGACACCCGGAGCAAUUUCCUCUCGUCUCUCCUCACGGCCGUACUGACUCAUCACCUGGCUUGGGUCCCAACGGUAACCCCCAGCAACCAGCCACCAAUCACAGGCCUUUGUGAGAAACACACCAGCCAAUCAGUGCACAUGCUGGGCAAGUCCCACCCCUACAACCCCCUGUGGGCUCAGCUUGGUGACCUGUAUGGAGCUCUGGGCAGUCCCCUGAGAGUGUGUCGGACGGUGGUGUUGGGCAGGAGGAGGGAUCAGGUCCAGCGCCUCCUCUACGUCCUCUCCUACUUCAUCCGUUGCUCUCCCCUGGAGGAACACAUUCCUACGCACACUCCUCAACCCCACCCCUCACCUCACACCCCCCCCACACACACAGACUCUCCUCACGCACAACCUUCACCUCACACACACCCCACAGAUACCCCAGCCAAAGUAAGAGAGGAGGGCGGGGGAGGAGAAGGUGUCAGAAAGGGGGAAGGAGAGGAGGUGGGGGAGGGUCAAUCCAGUGACGAUGACAACAUCGGCUGUUUGUUCUCAAGACAACCGAACACAGCACCAGAGCUGGAGCUGCCCUUGCCCAGGUUUGAGGCAGUGCAUGGGGUGUGUGUGAGUGACCUGGGUCGUUCGUUGCUGGGAGAGUUCAGCCCCGACUACCUGGCAGACUUUGCUCUCCAUGGCACCAUGGCUCACCAGCACCUGCUGCAAAGCAUCAUGGGAGAUUUGGAGCAUGCAGUUCUGUACCCCGUGCUUGACGAACCCAUGGCUGAGGCGGUGUGUGUGCUGGCGGAUGUGGAGCGUGUGUGUGUCCAGGUGGCCAGCAGUCAGAGGAGGGGGCUGGGGCCCGAGGUGGCCCCCUCCUCUCUGGUCUCCACCCUGCUGCUCUCCACCACACACCUGUUCAAGCUGGGGCUGGGGCCACAAUAUUGUGUGAGACACCUGGAGGACUGUCUCCAGGAGCUGUACCUGAGAAGCAGACUGCUGGCAGUCUACCUGAGAGAUCACACCCGCUGCAGUACCAAAGACCUGGCUACACACCUGGGGAUUGAGUGUGAGGACGUUGCUCUGCUAGCUGCUGUGGCCGGAACACACACCCCCUGUGUGGCUCAGGCUUUCCUGUAGAGCAAGAGGACACUCUCCCCGUGAGACCCAGGCCUUCAUGUAGAGGAGAAGAAGAAGAGGAGAAAGAGGAGUGCACUCCCCAUGUGUGGUCCAGGCUCUACUAUGGAGGAGGCAGAGAAGAGAUAGAAGAAGAAGAAGAGAGGAAAAGAAGAGGAUGUUCUGCAGUACUGCAUGUCUAGUGCAGCUCCAACUCUGAGACUGACAUUCUGUUACAGACUGUGGGGAGUUAUUAGCUGCAGGCAUGGUGUGUGUGUAUGUGUGUGUAUGUGUGAGAGACAGUGUGUGUGAGAGAGAGAUUGUGUGUGUGUAUGUAACAAAGAGACAUUAAAGCGAAUUGGAAGCUG